AUGAUAGCAAGCCUGAAGGAACUUCGAGCCGAACUCGAGCGCUAUAUGGCCUGGCGUCGAGUGAGCCGCAACCAGCCAGAGGCAACAUCAGAGGCCAGUCCAGAAGCCCCUGCCUUACCUGCAGCAGCUCAGGAAAAGGAGACUUCUGACACAUCCCUUGCUAACACCGCCGAUGAGAAAGAGGCGACCACCGAAAAAGGACCACCUGCUGUCGUGAAACCAUCGCCGAUGGUCAUCACCGUCACUACGCCGCCAUUCCCUGCCUUUGAGGGCCCUGAACUAGGGAUGCCCAUCGUGGCGGCAUUGACAAGCAAGAACCCUAAAAGCGUCGUCAGUGAUGGUGGGAAGAGAAUCCCAGUCUGCAUCGCAAACAGGAGAUUCAAGAAGAAAAGAAGACCAAAGCAGAAGGAUCCGAAGACGAUGGAGAUAUUGGGUUGGCCUCCGGAUCGUCGGACAGGGGGUUUCCCGCAACAGAAGGACGAUUCCGAGGAGAAGGAGAAGAAGGCAGAAGGCCACUCUCCUCUCGCAAGACCUAGGUCGGAGCUGGGAAUCGAGCCGCCAGAUAUGAGAAUCGCGCGAGGAAGGCCACGAUCCUCGGCGAUUUACUUUGAGGCGCGAAUCGCGCGGGAGACCUCGCGAUCCGCUGCUCGAUUAGUUGACGCGAGGUUGACGGAGAAGGAGAAGGGCGGAGGCAGCGGUGAGCCUCCUUGCAUGUCGCCGGGGAAGACGACUAGCACCGCCUCUUGCGUGUCGCCGGGGAAGACGACUAGCACGGCGGCGCUGAGAGCGCCAUCCGUCCAUCUGGUGGGACGUCCGCUGCAAGGGGAGGAAACGAAGGAGUUAAGGGCGAAGGACGAGGAGAAGAGGCCGGAAUUGAGCAGGGCUCAUCGCCGCCUGGUGGGUUGCUCGCUAUCGGUGGAAGAGCCGCCGACUGAGUCGUCCGGGAAGGGAUUGUAG